UGUGACAGUUAACGAAUUGACAUUACGUCUCUAUUUCUAAAUGAACCUCUAAAAUAGUGAAUAAAAUAAAUCAUAUUGAAUUACACUUUAUUAAGUGAAAAUAUUGGUGUGAUCCAAAAUGCCGACUUAUGAAUUAGCGUUAAUGUUAAGGGCUAUGCCAAAAUCAGAGCUGAAAACGACUUUGACACGAGUAUCGCAUGCUGUGUUUAACCGUGGUGGUAUUAUAAGAAAUAUUGAAAAUUUGGGUUUUAGACCGAUUCCAUACAAAACAAGUGCCCACGGCUUAGUGCAUCGUGAAGCUAAUUAUUUCAUUUUUAAAUUAGAUACAGCAACCAAAGCUGUAGCUGAUCUUAGAGAGGAGUACAGCAGAGAUGUCGAUAUAGUUAGGCAACGUUUUUAUAAAGUUCAAACGGAUGAGCAACCAGCUUGUACGUUAGAGGAAGAAAUGUUGCCGCCAGCUUACCGGGAGGAGGUGCAGAAAAUGAUUGAAGUUGGAAAAACACAAGUUAAUAGAUUCACAUAUAAAUUCAAAUACAAUUCUGGUCUGGAUUAUUAUCCAUUCCAAAAAUAGAGCUUUAUAGUUAAUAGUGUAGUGUAAAUAAUUGUAAUAAAUAGGACUGUAUCAAUA